AUCCUCCUCGCGGCUUGUUUCGCCGCUUAAACUAUCGUUGGUGGCGUCGGGGAAAUCCCUCCCUACCUCCCUCCCGGUCUCCCGCCCGGUCUCCCUCCCCAAAACUUAUGCUUGUGCGGCCGCGACCCGUCCGCAGCUUCCUGAGGGCGGCGGGACCGCGACCGCACUAGCCGGCACUUCUGUGUGCGGCUCAGAGUGCUCCGAGCACUCGGCAUGCUCGGAGCACAGUGCUGUGUCUCCCGCGAGCGGCAAGGACCUCCCUGCAAGCCGCUCGCGGUCUCACUCCAGAGCAGCCCGGUCGCUCACUUACAAAAGCGACCGGGUU